AGCUGGCUGUGACUUCCCCAAUCCCUGGGCCACGAGGGAACUGGGUGUCCCCAGGCCUCUCCCCAAGAGCCCUGGGCUGGCAGUGGGCAGGCGGCAGUGGGCAGGCGGCAGGCCUGGCGCCAGCCCAGGGGGAGCUAAUGAUCAACCUGCCUGCCGGGAGUCCUGCGGCCGGGCUGUGUCUCGCAGAGGAAGUGGGGCCAGAAGCCGGGGAGUGCUGUGCAGCCAGCCCACUGUGGGCGGCCCCUGCCGGCCCCGGCCAGCUGGAGACAGACCCUGGGACCAGCCUGCCUCGCCCUGCACCCAGCCCAGAGUGGCACCUGGCGCCCGCGUCCUCUGGCCUGGCGGGCCUGGGAGCUGCCUGGGGAGCGGAGAGCAGAAGGCCAGCCGGGCCUGGGGCUCUGAGGCCACCGUGGGACAUGAAGGGCCCUCCGGAGCGGACCUCUGAGGAGCCAGCUGCAAUGGGCAGGGAGCCUGGGGCAGCCUUGGGGGGCUGCAGCGGCGGUGAUCCAGUGCAGAGCUGGGCCGUGGGCACAGCAGGGGAAACCAGGGCAGCCGGUGGAGCGGAUGCGGCUCCUCCUCCCGGGACAGCCACCUCGGGACCGGCCGAGACCCUUCCUGGCCAGAUGGCAGCGUGUCCCACAGACCUGACCUUGCAGCUGCGGGCCGUGCACAGGAAGAGCGGGCGGCCAGACCCAGGCCUGCAGCAGGCUCUGCGUGGCCGUCUGCGCCUGCUGGAGAAUGACAGCCUCGAGGUGGCCCGAGUGCUCGGGGAACUCUCUGCCAGGCUGCUGUCCAUCCACAGCGACCAGGACCGGAUCGUGGUGACGUUUAAGACCUUCGAGGAGAUCUGGAAGUUUUCCACCUACCAUGCCCUCGGUUUCACGCACCACUGCCUGGAGGCGCUGCUGGUGGACGCCACCUUCUGGCUGCUGGCGCCUGGCGAGGAGGAGGAGGAGGAGGAGGAGGAAGAGGCAGCCAUCUGUGUGCAGGUGGCUGAGGACGCCCUGAGGCUGAUGCAGGAGAGCCUCCUGGCCCAGGAAGGGCCCUUCUUCGUCCUGUGUCCUGACCACCGCGUGAGACUGACGCCGGGCGCCCAGGGCGCAGAGAAGGCGCAGCCCCACAGACCGGCUCCGGGGGGCUCCCUGGGAGAGGCGACCCCAGCAGCAGACUCCUCAGCCUCCGGCCCUGGCGCAGCCCCAGAGCAGCCCCUGGGUCCGUUCCACCAGUGGGCUCUGAGAGUUCCCUGGGACCCUGCCGAAGAUUCUGUGGAUGGACCUGGGCCACCCGACACGCUGCUGGUGGGGUGCGGCCGGGUCUCCGCAGUGGCCGACUGGCAGAGCUCAGGCCCUGAAGAGCUGUCCCUCCAUACUGGUGACCUCCUGGAGCUGCUCAGUGCCCGGGUGCCUGGCCUGCCCUGGUGCGUGGCCCAGCACGUGGCCUCAGGCUGCGUGGGCUUCGUGCCCUCGAGUCUCAUCUGCCUGCAGGACCCUGCAUCUGAGUUGGAGGAUGCUAUCUUUCUGGACGAGGAGGAGCGGUCAUUCUUCAGCAGCGAGGGACGCUUUUCUGAGGAGAACGCCCGGCAGCUGCUGGGCAGGAUGUCCGGCAGGGACAUGUGCACCACGUACAGCUUGGACAGGCUGGAGGAGGCCGAGCCCGAGCAGCCGGAGGAACACGCAGAGGCGCCGCCCCUUUGCCCAUCCCCGGAACUGCAAGAGACCCUGCAGACAGUGAGGGGCGUCCUCCAACAGUGCAAGAGCUGCCCACACUGCCCCGAGGAGCCAGUGCCCUGGGGCCCCCCAGCAGCAUCCAGCAGCUGGAGCUCACCAGACCCUGAGGAGCCCCCCUUCUGCCUGGAUGCCAAGGACGGCUGGGCCGGCCCCGAGGCCCCGGGCUCCCUGCUGCAGCUCCUGAAUGCACCGGUGUAUGAGGCCGGCUUCCGCAGCCUGUAUAAUGACUCACUGUCGUGGCUGAGCAGCAUGUCCAGCGGCCUGGCUGAUGAGGAGGAGCUGGCUGACCGCCUGGCACAGGCCCGAGGGGCGGCCAAGAAGGCCGGCCUGGGCAUGGCUCUGGCCAGACUCUGCUUCCUGCUGGGGCAGCUAUGCGCCCGGAGGCUCAAGCUGUCCCAGGCCCGGGUGUACUAUGAGGAAGCCCUGGGCGCCCUGGGGGGCUGCUUCAGGGACCUCUUCCUGGUGGUAGCUGUGCACACCCACCUGGCCAGCGUCUACCUGAAGCAGAAGAACAGGGACAAGUGUGCCCAGGCCAUGUCCAGGGCUGCGGCCCUGCUCCUGGGGACGCCCGGCCAGGUGGGCAGCUCCGAGGCCAAGGCCGAGCUCCUGAGGUUUGCGCUGCGCCGGGCCAUUGUGGCCCAGAGCCCACAGGCGGAGGCCCGGGCCUGCUUCCUGCUAGUCCAGCACCACACACGCCUCAGGCAGCCCGAGCAGACCCUGCCCUACCUGGAGCGGCUGCUGCUUCUGCACAAGGCCUUGGGGACCCUGCAUGCUGCAUGGCCCGCAGACUGCUACCUGCUGCUGGCAGACACCUACAGCUGGAAGUGUCUGCCCCACCUGGCCCUGAGCUGCAUCAGGGCGGCCUCGCUGGGGACAAGGGGGUCGCUAGCCAGCUCCCUUCGGAGCGUGGACCUGGUCCUCCAGAGCGGCCCCCGGCUGCAUGCCCAGACCAGGGCCCCCUGCCUCCCCGCACAGGUCGCCCACUACCUCAGACAGGCGCUGGCCUCCCUGGCCUCGGGCCCCGGGCAGGGGCUGCGUGGUGCCCUCUACGCCAGCCUGGCCCAGCUGUACAGCCACCAUGGACAGCACGGCCAGGCCAUCGCCUUCAUGACACGGGCGGUAGAAGCCGACACCACAGCCGGGGCCCGCCCUGUGGUGGCCCACUUGACGGCCCUGGCCUGGCUGCACAUGCUCCAGGGUCAGACCCUGGUGGCCCUGCACAUCCUGGAGUCUGUCCUGGACUCGGCAGUGGCCAGUGAGGACCAGGAGGGAGUGGUGGCCAACAUGGCGGCCAUGGCCCUGAAACGGAUGGGCAGGACCCAGCAGGCGGCCGAGGGCUACUACCGUGCCCUGCACACUGCCCGGCGCCUGGGCCAACGCCAGAACCAGGCGGUGGUCCUGGCCAACUUCGGGGCCCUGUGUAUGCAGGCCGGCGCCGGCCGGCUGGCCCAGCACUACUUCCUGGAGGCCAUCGGGGUCUUCUCGCUGCUGCCCAGCGGGGAGUGUGGCCGGGACUUCACACAGGUACUGCUGCGGACGGGACAGCUGUACACCUGCCGGGGCCUCGUGCAGCAGGGCAAGUGCUACUACCAGUGGGCGUUCCUGGUCGCCGUGGAGACGGACCACCUAGAGAGCCAGCUGUGCGCUGUCCAGCGGCUCUGCCAUUUCUACAGCAGCGUGGCGCCCGACAAGGCACAGUCCGUCAUCUACCUGGAGUUCCAGCUCACCCUGGCCCGGAAGGUGGCUGACAAGGUGCUGGAGGGGCAGCUCCUGGAGGCCAUCAGCCGGCUCUACCUGUCGCUGGGCACUGAGCGGGCCUACAAAUCUGCUCUGGACUACACCAAGCAGAGCCUGGGGAUAUUCAUCGACCUGCAGAAGAAGGAGAAGGAGGCAUAUGCCUGGCUGCAGGCGGGGAAGAUCUACUACAUCCUACGCCAAAAUGAGCUAGUGGACCUGUACAUCCAGGUGGCACAGAACGCGGCCCUGUACACGGGGGACCCCAACCUGGGGCUGGAGCUGUUCGAGGCGGCUGGAGACAUCUUCUUCAACGGGACCUGGGAGCGGGAGAAAGCGGUGUCCUUCUACCGUGACCGGGCACUGCCCCUGGCCGUGACCAUGGGAAACCGGGAGGCGGAGCUGCGGCUGUGUAACAAGCUGGUGGCACUGCUGGCUGCGCUGGAGGCGCCCCAGGAGGGCCUGGAGUUCGCCCACGAGGCCCUGGAGCUCAGCAUCACCCUGGGUGACCAGCUGAAUGAGCGUGUGGCCUACCACCGGCUGGCCACCCUGCACCACCGACUGGGCCGCAGCGAGCUAGCCGAGCACUUCUACCUGAAGGCACUGUCGCUGUGUCGCUCGCCGCUGGAGUUCGAGGAGGAGACACUAUACUAUGUGAAGGUGUACCUGGUGCUGGGCGACAUCAUCUUCUACGAGCUGAAGGACCCCUUUGAUGCGGCUGGGUACUACCAGCUGGCGCUAGCAGCAGCUGUGGACCUGGGCCACAAGAAGAUGCAGCUGAAGCUCUGCACGCGGCUGGCCACCAUCUACCACCACUUCCUGGUGGACCGCGAGAUGUCGCUCUUCUUCUACCAGAAAGCCAGGACCUUCGCCUCGGAGCUCAAGGGCCGCAGGGCCGGCCUUGCCCCCCAACACCUCUGGGCCCGUGCCCCCUGGCUGGCCCCGGGGCCCCCACCUUGAGGGUCCACCCGCCUCACCCAGCUGCUGGGAGGGGGUUCCCAGGGAGGGCCGAGUGCAAUAAACGUGUUUUCAG